GACACAUAGUCACCCUCGAUAUUCAUCGUUCAUUUCUCAGCUGCGAAGUAGCGGCGUGCGCGCGUGUGUAUGUGUAUGUGCACGUUUGACAGAAAGUCGACAAAAAGUGCUAUUUGUUCAGGUCGAAUGUUACAAUCAUCGAAGAUGUUCCAACCAAAGACCUUACAGGAGAUGAUCAUGCCGCUGCUCAUAGCGAACUUUGUCCUUGGGAUAGGAAUUUGGACCACCAAGUGUGGAAGGAUCCUGAGCAUCGCGUACUCGUUCGUCUGUCUGGUGAUCUAUUGCGUUUUGAUGAAGUUUUCGAUAGAAUAUAUGUAUCUCUACUUUUCGCAUAAGGCGAGUGACUUCGGCGUUGCGAUAUUCCGAGCGAUUUUCUACGUCAACAUCUGUUUCACGUUGUUUCUUGUCCCUAGUGGCUGGUUGAGGAGAAAGCGUAUGAAGGAGGCAAUGAUGCGUAUCGCUAUGUGCGAAAAAACAAUGGAACAAAUGGGAUUACAGAAGAAUUAUCGGAAAUUAUACUUGAAUCAACUUUACGCACUUGGAUUCAUUGGGAUAUUAUUUAUCGUAUCUAUUAUAAUCAAUUACGAGGGAAUGUUUGUAAAAAAUACACCCAUGCAUGUCAAAAUCAUUCUUAUACUCGGCGUAAAUUAUCCUGUUGCCUUACUCUAUGUAACCGACGUGUCCUUUUUGCACUGGGUCAGGUACGCGAAGCUUCGAUUCGAGCAGCUAAACAAUCUGCUGCAACGCAUGUUAACCACCACCCCCGAUUCGCCGCAGCAUAAAAGGGUACUGAAAAUGAAGGAUGAGUGGAAUAAAACCUUCACAUCCCCGACGCAACAGGAUCGUAGAUCCGAGGAGAACACCGACACGAUGAGGGCUGCCAAGCAAGUUCAUCUGGAAUUAAUUAAGGCCACCAGGAGCACGAACGAAGCGUACGGCAUACAGAUUCUCUGUUCUAUGACGAUAUCAUUCGUGUUUAUCACUAGUCUUCUGUAUUACGCUUAUUCGAUUUUUUGGCUGCAAAUCAGCGCAGAGGUAUUGCGACAGGAAAUGGUACAGGUCGUCGGCUGGAUUCUAUUCUACGCGUCGAAGGUCCUCAUAAUAAAUCAUAUGUGCGCUUUGGCAAGCAUUGAGGCCGCGAAUACAGGUGAUAUAAUCUGUGAAUUGUACGAGCCAUCCACCAGCAAAGAAUUUCGCGCGGAGAUACGGGACUUCACUUUGCAAUUGAUACAAAAUCCGUUGAUUUUUACGGCGUGUGGAUUUUUUAAUCUGGACCAUACAUUUAUUCACGGGGUCAUUGGCUCAGUCACCACGUAUCUCGUAAUUCUCAUCCAAGUUGGAGACCUACCGCAGUCAAAUUCUAUGAAAAAUACUUCCAUACUGAGCAAUGAAACAAGUUUAACUACAUUUAAUACUCUUACAACUUAUGUUUAUUAACAAAUACAAAUAUUUUACGCAUGACAUUUUUUACUGAUCCGGAAAGAUUUAAAAAAUCAAAAGUUUGUGUGUAAUAGUUUUAAAAUAUGUAUAUUUUGUGUGCAUUUGUAAUGCAAAAAGGAAAAGAAGCGUUUGCUGUUAAAUCUCUCUUUCACGGAAAAAUAUAUAUUACAAAAAUUGAAAUAUUUAAUAAAGUGUAUUAUAUAUCUUUUUAUAAAUAUACAAGUGGGUGUGAUUAUUUUUGCUUUCUCUCGUUUUUUAUAAACAGGGUAGGUGCAGAAGAUUUAUAGAGCGUUAUAAAUUAAUUUUAUAAUACGUGCUUUAUAACUGUUAUUUAAAAAAAAAAAUCUACAUUCUUAUUUUGGCGAUAUCAAAGGCAAAUAAAGAAAUGAUAUCGCAAAGUGUUUAAUUGUCUGAUCGGUUAACGAGAAUCCGAUGACCGAUUCACCCUGACGAUUUUCCGCCAAUUAGAAGGCCGACGAGGAUAUUGUGUCAAUUACACUACCCCAAGUGCACUUACCCUGCUCGACUACUAUCCAGAUGGAGGCGUUAGUCCGUGAAAUUCGGUCCUCCCGUAAUUUAAUAGAGUCUAACUUGGUCGAAGCAGCUUCCUAUUCCCAAUCAAUUACACGUGUAAUGCGUUACGUGAAACCUUCGCGCGAUUCUCGAAUUCUCUUCCAAACUUCUUUUUUCUCUCUCUAUAAGUUUAGGUUGAUAUGACUUUUACAUAACAUUAAUAUAUUUUUCUCUAUAUAUAAUUUAUAUUUUAUAUAAUAUUUAAUAUAUUCAAGCAAUG